AUGGAUAAACCACAAAUCAUUGUUCACUUGGAGAAGAGUAUUGGAUACACAGUUUUCAACACAUGUUGGGUGCCAUGUUCAGCCAAACUCUUGGUGCUUGGAUCCAUGCCCAAGGGCACUGGCAUUUUACAGAUAUAUGAGUUCUCCAAGGGGAAUCUGAAUUUAGUAGAGGGAUCUGAAUGUCCUACUGGGUUGCGCUGUGGAACUUUUGGUGCAUCCUCCUUUCAGCAGAGACAGAUUGCUACUGGGGAUUUCAAAGGGGUGCUCAAUAUCUGGGACAUUGAAUCACUUAAAGAGCCUGUGUAUACUGCAAAGGCACAUGCAGACAUUGUAAAUGCAAUAGAUGGUGUUGCUGGCCUGGGUAUUGGUGUGGGAGCUCCAGAAGUGGUCACAGGUGGACGGGAUGGAACAGUAAAAGUGUGGGACCCAAGGCAAAAAGAUGAUCCAGUUGUGUCCAUAGAACCGAAUGAGGGUGAACGUCGUCGGGACUGCUGGACCGUUGCCUUUGGUGGUGCUCAUAGCAUUGAAGAGCGAGUUGUCUGUGCUGGAUUUGAAAAUGGAGACAUCAAGAUGUUUGACCUUCGAAGCAUGGGCAUUUUAUGGGAAACAAAUGCUAAAAAUGGUAUUUGCUCUGUGGAAUUUGACAGGAAGGAUAUACCAAUGAACAAAGUUGUUGCAACUACUCUUGAAUCAAAAUUCAUGAUAUUUGAUCUUCGAACAAGACACCCAACAAAGGGAUUCUCGUCUUUGACACAAAAGACAGCGCACAAAUCAACUGUGUGGUUGUGUCGACAUUUGCCACAGAACAGAGACUUGUUUAUGACUGGUGGUGGAAGUGGAAGCUUAUGUCUGUGGAAGUAUUCCUAUCCAGCUUCACGUGUCCAAGAUUCUUCAGAUGGAAAUCAGGAGGGAGUUAUGGGUGCAGUGAAUCUCCUGCAAAAUGCAAAUAUUGCUGCCCAGCCCAUUUGUGGAUUUGAAUGGAAUCAUGAUAAACUUGGUCUGGCUGCUUGUACUGCCUUUGAUCAGACAAUCAGAGUCAUCAUUGUGACUAAAUUGAACACCUAUUGA